CUAUCCCGUCCUACUCCGUAACUGCCUGUUGGCCUCGUACCACAGACGCUCACUCUCAAGCUUUUCUUCGCUCAUCCAUGGAGGAAGCGGGAGCACAAAGGCCUACCUGGCGACAGCGAAUGCAUGCUCUCACCCAUGUCUUGACCCACACCACCGCCUCCCCCUCCCUCCACUCUCAGCUCUUCGUCGCCGCCCAAGUCCCCUGUUUCCUCUCGUGGGAUUACCCCCCUUUCCUCUGCUGCGCUCCCCCUUCCGCCUUCCCGCCCCUCCUUCGUUGGUCCAUCGCCUUAUUCCUUCGCCGCGCUUCCCGCCUCUGCUUCCCCGCCACGUCCUGGCGCUCCAAGUGCCCCUUCCAGCAGCCCCCGCCCCUUGUCCUGUCCCGAGCGGUGGAUCCGCCGCCGCUGCGGUGGGGGCCGGAGGAGCGUCGGGAAUGCUUCCGAAAGAGGCUGAGGAGGGGGCGGAUAGGUAUGAGAGUCCCUCCCUUCCUGGCUUUCGCGAUUCCUAAUCUCGCGCUCUUGUCGCUUCUCUUAUGGGAUCCACUCUGGUCGGGCCUCGUCAAAAAACCCUAAAACUGACACCGGUAUGCUUUAUUUUUGCCCUAGCACUCCGUUUCUUCUGCAUUUUUGUAAGAUAGAGCGUACAGUGGAAAAGGUAACAAGAUCACAACUGUCAUCAGAAGAAUUUUGCUUCUUUGAUAAAAAUGAGACGGGAUGGAAACACGCAGAUGAAAAGAUCACAACUUUGACUGUAAAUUCAGGGCUUCGUAUUGAUUAACUGUUUGUACUCUUGAAAUUGGGUGUGGAAAUAAUAUUCUCAUGAGAUUUUUAUUGUCAAAAAUAAAAGAUUUAACUUCAUCUA